AUGGUUAAGACUUACGACAAGUGGGGUCCAACACAAGCAUUUGGACUCAUAUGUAGUGCUGCUUCAUGUUCUGUUUAUGAUGGGAAACUGGCUUUUGUUCCAGCUUUAGAGGACGUCUUGGUGUGGGAUGUUAAAAAAGGUCAAAUGCUCGCUAUGUGGCAUGAGACGGGACACCGAGCAGAGGUCACCUCCAUUGUCCAAUCGCCUCUAAAGACUACUUUUGCGGUGGGGCUGCGGGGUCACCGUGAUCAAAUAACUGGAAUGCGCUUCAUCACAACUGGAUCUACAGCAGAUCAAGCGAGCUCCAGCAGAACUCCAAGGGGUGCCUCUUGCCUUGUUACUUGCUCAAAGGACACAUUUCUCAAGUUAUGGGAUCUCACCACUCAGCAUUGCAUACAGACCAUUGUCGCCCAUAGAUCUGAUGUCUGGUCUUUAGACGUGGAUCCAAGUGGAAAUAUACUCCUCACAGGGAGUGGAGAAGGAGAGGUCAAAGCAUGGAAGAUAGAUAAAGACGCCCUUGAAGCCGGUGUUAAGGAGUUAUCUCCAGGAGAGAUUGAAUUCCAUCCCACUUCCCCUUACCUUGCUAUACAAUCCCAAGACCGCUCUAUCGACGUCUUUCGAAUACGUACAGAAGAAGAGAUACGGAAAAAGCAAGCUAGGCGACAAAAGCGGGCGAAGGAAAAGAAGGCUCAAAAAGCUGACGUCGAUGGGAAUGUAGAUGGAGAAGACGGGGUCUCAAACGAGCUACCGGCUGACUCAGAGAUCGAGCUUGUUGACUUGUAUACACCGUAUCUGGUGAUUCGAGCCAGCGGAAAGAUUCGCUCGUUUAGCUUUGUUGCUCAUGAUACUCAUCCCAAAGGGGCCCAGAUUUUCACCGCGCUAUCCAAUAAUGCGCUCGAAGUUUACAAUAUCCCUAAUCCGGUAAAGAGCAAGGACGCACCAGAAGCCACCAGAUUACAUGCCUUGGAUCUACCGGGACAUAGAACGGAUAUAAGGACAGUAGCAAUCAGCGCUGACGAACAGUUGGUUGCAACAGCAUCCAACGGUCAAAUGAAAGUCUGGAACAUGAAGACUUUGGCGUGUAUACGGACAUUUGAAUGUGGUUAUGCUAUAAGUAACUCUUUCCUUCCUGGAGAUAGACAGAAUGGUGAAAUGGUUCUCUAUGACAUUGGUGCUGCCUCGACUUUGCAAACCAUUGAAGCGCACUCUAGUACACUCUGGUCGCUCCAUGUUCGACCAGACUUUGGUGGUUUGAUCACAGGGAGCGCCGACAAAGAUGUUAAAUUCUGGGAUAUAGUUGAGAAAGCAGAUGCCGAAAAUCCAUCUCGAAAGCACCCCGAACUCGUGCAUACAAGGACACUGAAAAUGUCCGACGAGGUUUUGGCCGUAAAGUACAGCCCAAAUAAUCGAUUUAUUGCAGUAGCACUGCUAGAUGCAACAGUAAAAAUAUUCUAUCAAGACACUCUCAAAUUCUUCCUAUCCCUGUACGGCCAUAAA